CGUAACAGAGUGACCAACGUCGCGGCGCUUCGGCCCUGCCCCCGAUGAUCAUGACGACGACGGCGAUGCUGGUGUUCCUCGUCGCCUCGUCGCCUCGAGGCCCGUCCUCUUCGUCGUGAGAGGAGCGAUACGAGAGUGCGCGCUGCUCCGCGUGUGUGCAUACGUGUUCUUUUCGUGCGUGGAGCUCCGCUUGCUUCGUCCUCGUCCUCUUCCGUCCUCUCGUUCUCCGCGUAUCGUCUCCUACGCGCGGUUUCGUGAAUCCUCGGCUCGGAUGGAACCGGUCUCCGAGGGCAACGGAAUCGCUCUACAUUCCCGGCUGAACACGCUCGCGAAGCUCUCUCCGUGAAGUCUAGUGAAUAUUUUAAGACAAGAGUCUCCACAUGUAGCAAGAGGCGGCGCGGGCUGAUUCACUCGGUGCUCGGUUCUCGCGGUACCAGCGAGCUGGGGAAGCGGCUGGUCGUCUCGCCGUGGUGGACACCGUUCGUCGGUCUUAAGGGUCAACGCUGAGAAGAACCAGCCCGGAGACCCCGACGAACGAGCUUUCGCGCCUCGGUUCGCGGCUGGCCGACCACGAACCAUCGGGAGCGACCGAGAAAGACGUCGAGAGACGGAGACGGAAAGAGACACAGAGGGAGAGAGAGCCACAUUCCGAGCGGAUCACGGAUGCUUAUAGAAGCGUUGCGUAACGGCGUCAGACGGACGGCGAAACUGCGGCUGUUGGGGCCGUCGCGUUUCGACAACUUCGACGAAAAGUCUGCUAGGGGGUCCUCUUCUGGCAUCGAGGCGGACAUCGAACGCCCUGGACACGGAUACUGCGCCGAUCUCGAGAACAACCGUGUGCUCCGCUCGGUGCUGUUUCAUCUGUGCCGUCGCAUACGAGGUGCUCGAUAUACGGAUCGAAGAACCGUUGGUUCGACGUACUCGGGACGUUCCCGUCGAUCGGGGAUCGACUCGUCUUAUACACGUGCGUGUGGGUGCGAGUGAAACGGGGGUUCGGUAGCCGUAAGUCGGCCACGAGGAAGAUUUAAUGGGAUGAGAAGACGGAGGAAGUGAUAAAGGACGAGCGUGAAACCGGACAAGAGGUCCGUUGGAACGCGUGAACCGGGAAACGUGGAGGCGGACAGGAAGGAUGGAGCAACGUCCAGGGGGACGCGUGUGCGAUUUUUGCUAACGGGCCAGCACGACGACGAUAACGACGACGAAGACGAAGACGACGACGACGAAGAAGAGGAAGAAAAAGACGAAGAUAACGACGUGGGUGGUGGGGUCAGUGUGUGGAGGAGGAGGAGGAGGAGGAGGAGGAGGAGGCGGUGGUGGACGAGCGGCGCGAAGAGAUGCAGCAACAGCCGCAGUCUGGCCAACAGUCCGGGGCACCGAACGGGGUGGCAGGUGGUGCCCAAUUGCCGCAAACAGGUGGCUUGAGCGCUGCUCAACCUGGAGCGACAGGUACCGCCACGGCGGCGUCCAAUCGUGCCCAGGUUAACGGGGGCAGAUUUGAUUUCGACGAUGGCGGCACCUACUGCGGCGGUUGGGAGGAUGGAAAAGCACACGGACACGGCGUAUGCACGGGACCCAAGGGCCAAGGUGCUUACUCUGGUAGCUGGCACUAUGGCUUCGAGGUCUCCGGAGUCUACACCUGGCCUAGUGGCUCGGCUUACGAGGGCCAAUGGCAGAACGGGAAACGACACGGCCUGGGCAUGGAGACCCGUGGCCGCUGGAUUUAUCGCGGCGAAUGGACUCAGGGAUUCAAGGGUCGAUACGGUGUCCGACAAUCGACCACGUCCACGGCGAGGUACGAGGGCACGUGGGCGAGCGGUCUUCAGGAUGGCUACGGCUCGGAGACCUACGCUGACAGUGGCACGUAUCAAGGUCAAUGGUACCGCGGGAUGAGACACGGAUACGGCGUGAGAGCCAGCGCCCCGUUCGGUUUAGCGAGUCACUACAAACCGUCGAAGCAAGUCAGGGCUUCUCUAACAUCCUUGAGGAGCGCGGAUGGCGGUGGACCGACAGCCCCGACCCCGGAACCAACGGACAGAAGGGAUCGUCGGGUGGACGACAGCAGGGGUGGUUUCGUGUUGAAGGCCAGGAGCGACGACCCUCCUGCGCGGAGGAAAAGCCUCACAGAGAAGUCCUUGAAGAAGGGCAUCCUCUCGGGUCUAAAAAUCCGAAAACAAAGGAGCACGGGCGACCUAGAAAAGCGCGGCACCGGGGGCAGUAUUAGAAGCAACGCUAGCUCGGCGUCGUGGAUGUCGACGGAGAGCUCGCAGAGUCAAGCAUCGGCGUCCGUCCACACGGACAGUAACGCGUCCUUUGUCAUCGAGGACGAACAGAUGGACGCCUCCGUGACCGAGACCUACCUGGGCGAGUGGAAGAACGACAGGAGGACAGGCUUCGGUAUAUCGGAGCGCAGCGACGGGCUGCGCUACGAAGGCGAGUGGUUCAACAAUCGAAAGUACGGCUACGGCGUGACGACGUUUCGCGACGGCACCAAGGAGGAGGGCAAGUACAAGAACAACGUCCUGAUCACCAGCCAGAAGAAGAAGCACCUGUUCCUCAUAAGAUCGGCAAAGUUCCGCGAGAGGAUAGAGGCAGCGGUGAACGCUGCUCAAAGAGCCAGCAAGAUCGCUCUUCAGAAAGCCGACAUCGCCAUCUCGAGAACAGCGACAGCGCGCGGCAGAGCCGAGCUGGCAGACAUCGCCGCCGAGCACGCGAGAGAGGACUCCGAGUUGGCGCAACAAACAGCGAAGCAAUUCGCUCCGGACUUCAGGCAACCUGGAUUGGAGAGGUUACGGAACAGAGAGAUACCAAAGUACGUGCCGCCUCCUCAGGACACAGUGCCUGCGAAGAGCAUCCUUCACAAGUCGGCCAGCGCGGAUCAGCCAGGUUCAACGAAGGGUCCCACCUCGACGGGCGAGCCGACCUCGACGACGGCCACGUCGGCGACUUCCACCGCGAGCAACGUGAUGCAAUCGAUCAGGAGGGCCAGCAUGAAGCCGCAGAAUCAGAUGAUGCAGAAUCAACUGCCCCAGAACCAGAUGCCGCAGAACCCCCUGCCGCAGAACCAGCUCACGCACGAUCAGAUACCGACUCAGGUGACUCCCGCUCAGCUCAUCAACCAGUUGCCACUGAGUCAGUUGAAUCAGACUACCCUGAGCGAUCAGAACCCUUACCAAACGCAGUACCCCCAGCCGAUGGCUCAGAAUCCUCUCCAACAGGGCCAGUAUCCUAACAGUAUACCGAAUCAGUAUCAGCAAAUGGGCCAGUUUCAGGGUAGCCCGUACGCCCCGCAAAAUCAGUUCCCUGUUCAGGGUAGUCCGUACGGUCAGCCGCAGUACCAGCCUAUGAGUCCACCUCAGGCCGAUCAGUAUUCGUAUCAACAGCAGCCGGUUAGCCCGCAAGGCUACCAGAAUAUGCAGGCUUAUCCGAAUCAGCAGACGAUGCCGAAUCAGUACGGUCCAGGACAAAUGAACCAGUACAAUUCGCAGCAACUUUACGGCCAGCAGCAACAACCACCGCCCCAACAACAAACGCAAAUUCCACAACAGUACCAACCUGACGGGGACCCGCAACGACCACCGAGUUCAACGAGUAUACGAAGGAAUAGCAGGAUCUUGACACCUCAGGAUCGACCCGGCACCAUUGGGCAAACGCUAAACGACAGAUUAGACCAUUACAAGAGGCCGCCCAGCCGCGACAGUUCCGUAGACCGCUACGCCAGAGCGCAUUCCCGGUUGACUGGAUCGAGACAGCCGUCCGUCGAUAAAACCAUCACGAAUCCGCCCCAAGAUAUGCUCGACAGAUCAACGAGAGCACCAAGCGCGAUUCGCUCGGGCACUCCGCUGAACGGAUCCGUGGUGGGAAGCGGCAACGCGACGCCGACAUACGCCGCCUCGACCUCCAGCCAAUUCGAGGGGGCUCUGCUCAAGAAUCGCGGCCUUGGACAGGACAUCCUGCCGAGCCAGGGACAGCCUAAGCGUACAGAGAGCCUCUACGUCACUCCCGGACGCGGCUCGAUCGCAUCCGGUGGUGGUGGCGGCGGCGGUGGCGGCGGGGGCGGUAUGCCGAAGCUAAACGCCCAAGUCCAGACCAAACCGACCCAGCGUUUCAGCAAAGAUUACGUUCGCGCCAGCAGCAAAGACUGCGGACCGAUCAAACCCUCGCUCGAAUCGUCGCGACGCGGUGCUCGUCGGUGCUAUUUCAAAGUGAAAAUAGUGGGGCGUCUCUCUAUUUCGGUCGAACGAGCCAGGGCCGAUCAGUCUGCGGCCUGGCUUCCUCACCAGGAGGCGGCGAAUUCCGAAUUUCCAUUUUCGCUGUCGCGAUUCAAGAAAACAAUCCGAACUGGGACUCGUCGAAGGAAAAUUCGCGGCGUCGCGCGAACAACGCCGUGGAAAUGUUCAGGAAGAAUCUGUGGCUGGACUUUGGAAAGGAAGGGUUCCCAGGGAGUUAAGAUGUUCUGGUCAGAGCCUGACGAGGAGGAGGAGGCGCUACUAUGCAGCCCUGCCCUCAUGGCCAGGAGGGCCUCGGAGUCCUGGAUCGUCGCGCCUCCCGUGGAGGCGAUGCCGGCGGCGGCGGCGGCGGCGGCGAUAUCCCUUCAACGAAAGAAGUCACUGCCGGAUGUGGCGCAGCCCAUUCAGCUGACGGCCACGGCACCGCUGUCCAGGGAGGAAGUCAGCGUCCUGAGCAGCAUGAGGAGGGAGGAGAUCCGCAGGCAGAUCGACGAGAGCGAAAGGCUCCGUGCCAACCCUUUGCUCUACUUGGUCAGUCCUCAGGUUAAAGACUGGUUCUCCCGGCAGCAGCUCGUGAUGCUGGUGCUGUUCAUCAACAUAUCCCUAGCCCUGAUGUUCUUCAAGCUGCUGACGUAGCAGCCAGCCGACGAUCGGGUUCACGGACUCGUGGUGGACGUGACCUGAGGCCCGAGGAGCGUCGCGACGCCCCAGUGCCGUCACCGUAAACCAGAACUCGAGGAGCAAUGAACCGGAGGGCGCGAGGGUGCCCUCGACGCAAAAUCACGAGGACAAAACCGCUGAAAACGGCUUUCGAGCGAUUUUACUCGGUCCCACGCAGGGUUGGACGCGAAGGAACCGACGGCGAGGACCUCGAGGAUUCGCGUGGGACCGGAUCGACGGACAACGAGAGCCUCGCGGAGAGAAUUUUUUCGAUAAGGAGCGACGUAUUCGCGAGAAUCGCGGGUUUCCCAUCCGCGACGAUCGAAGAGGGCCAGGACUCCUCGCGAAGGACGAAGGGAACGGCUCGUUUUUGUCCGAGACACGGGGCACUCGCGACGACGACGUGCCCCGCGCGCCUGUAUCAUACCUAUUUUUACACCGAGUAUUUUAAUAUAUUAAUAUUUGUAACAGCUGGCCAACGCCAAGCUCUGAACACGGUGCGCACACACGAAUACUCUCUACACUUUAUCCUUUUCUUUUUCGACGAUCGACUCGAGCGCGGACGAUCAGGUGGUAUAUAUCAAUUUUAUACGCGAUAGAACAGCUAGAGUAGCGCGAGCUAUUUUGCUCGAGACAUCCUCGAACGGGGAACGUGGGUACGGUGGUGAUUUUCGAACGUUUUUGCACGCCCUGUGUCAAGAGUUAGAUAGGCGAUAGGGUUAGAAUCGGAGACGAGCGAAAUUCUUACGUGGAUGGCAAUUUCGAACGACGAACGAAAGACGGAUUACUUUUUAUUCGUCGCUGGUUGGACGAGGAUUAGAAUUUCGAAGGGGACAUAUCGCAUUCGAUGGAAUUUAACGCACACGACGAACGCGUGAAUAAAAUUUUGUUCGUCUCUGAUUAGAAAUAAAUCGACGCUUCGAUGUACAUUCGCAGCCGCGAUGAGAGAGACAAUGAAAGAAUCUGAUUUGACGAUAUAUGGCGGUUACACUGGUAAAAAUGGUAGGUUCUGUCAAUGUCUUGGCCAAUAUCUUUUAGUCUCCGGCCAUCUCCGAGUUAAUCUUCAUCUUUGCCUAGAAGAAGCAACGAGUUUCGAGUUUCUGGACGAUUGUCGCGAUUUUGUACGAGUCCGAGGGACGGACGGUCACGGGUUGCGCGACUAACGGUUAUAAUGUAUUCAUGUGUUAACGCCGUGUCCAUGUAAUCGUGUGGGUGUCACGUGGAUAUCGAGUCGCGUAAUUGUAAUCGCGCAAAUUGUAUAAUGGGAGAUCGCUUCGCUCGCAAAGCGUCCCUUUUCGCCUUCCAUGCGAAACUGUUGUACAUAGACACAUUUUUCCGACUUUUUAUAUUACACUUAGGGUCAGCGCGCGAUCGGGGUUUCUCCAUCGAUCGACGACGCUCGAAAUAAAAGCAAGAACGUUGGCUUCGCGAUAAAAGCUCGUUUAUCUCCGAUCACGGUGGAAUUGUAUCGUUUUGAAGGAAUGGAGACGUAAAUGAUUAAAAAACGAACAAACUUGGUUCUCGUGAGAUUCAGAAUUCGGUCGAAACGCUUGUGUACACCCUGUGCUCGCAGAAGUAUAGUUUAUUUUUAUACCUUGGUACAGGUACAUCUCGCAAUUUUUAUUUAACAUUGAAUGGAAAUUUUUAAUUAUAGAAUUUUUUUCAAUUUUUCUCGUCGUUAAAUCUUGAGUCGUGAGAAGGUCAACACUUUAGGAGAACCCGAAUGGAUUUACAAUUAAUUAGAGCAACUUCAGUGUACAGAGACCUUUCUGACUGGUACAAAGAGCCAUAAGCCGAUUUUUCUGAAAUUUUGAACGUAGAUAGAGUUGGGCGGUGUUCCUUGUAACUGUAUUUGUCACCGAAGAAAUUCGACUCCGUAACGAGUCUCGCACGAACGAGAAAUUUUUGCGUUCGGUCGACGAAUAUCGGUUGGAAAGAAUUUUACUAUACUAUUCGUAUUUGGAUCCAGGAAUGGAGCGUGUUUUUCGCUGAUCGAGCGAACGCUUCGACUUUUUACAAUGACGAAUAAAAAAAAAAAGAUGGAGGAUUCCAUAUUUUCGACCGUUUCCCUCGGGCGUCCUCGCCGAAGAAAAUUUGUCUUUGUCGAGUCCCUGGAACUCAUUCGAGACACGGGAGAUCGACCUGGUUGCGCUCGAGCGAUCGCAUUUUUUUCUAGCCUCAGGCGUAGCUUGUAUACCUAGGUGAAUUUGUAAAUAAAAAAAAAAACCGAAACAACGUGUAUAGGGUCGCCGCGACCGUCGAAGUUUAAUCGUCUGAAUGUUUCGGGAUUACCGAAUCGUUUCGAAACUAUUUUUCCAAGGAAGUAGAGGACACGCUGUUUUCAUCCUACGCUGACGGAUUAUUUUUCCUCUGUGUAUCUAUGCACACCGACACUGUCGCGUAACAUCUCGAAUAUGCGUGCGAGCGACUGUCAAAAGUCGUCAUCUACUUUUAAAAUAAUGGGAAUUUAAUAGAAGAACUAUGAGAUGUAAAGAAUACCCUAAAACCAAAUCAUGAAAGAAGAAGUACUCGUGGACCUUCGUUGAACCCAUUUUUAAUCGAUCAGAUUUUCUUCAACGUCCAGUUUUUGUAUCGUCAUGGUUAAAUCCAAGUUUUCCUAGAUUGAAUUUAUGAAAUCACGAAUUUAAAACAUGAAAGCCUACAAUUUUGAAUAUCAUUACCAAAUACGUCUUAAGCCUUAAUCCAUUGUAACGAAUAGUCUCAUAGUUACUUUUCCAUCUUUUCUAUUAUUUCCAAAAAAUAUAUGGCGUCUUUUGAGACACUCUGUACGGUAGUGUCCCGCUUCUCGAUCGAAGGGAUACGUUAGGGAUACUUGAAAAAUGGAUCACUCCAGCCUUGAGGCACCGUUUGAUCUCGAGCAGUUCCGAGAACAAACUCUCUACCGACCCUCGAUUGUAGAUAACCGACGGUCCCAGUAUUUUGAUCGCGAAGGGAACCAGUACUGUAUUCGCUGGACGAAUUAGGACGAAAGUAGAGGAACGCGCGCGGUGAUCUAUGCGAGGAUCGCGAUCGAACGAUGCUCGAGCAACGCGUCGCCUUCGUCUCGCAGACAUGAAGGUUCGUUUAGAAAAUUAAUUUACUAUGACGGAAUCGAGACGAACAAGUUCGAUUCGAAGCGUCGAAAGUGAAAUCUGUCGGGAUGGUAGAAGAGAAUCGAAGGCGAAGGCAGCUUAAAAACGAAAUAAUGAAAUUUCUAUGAACUUGGAACGCAUCGGAGGUGUUUUUUCGUUACGGAAGAUCGUUCGUAUGAAUAACUGAAGCUACCCUAUUUUGCGACGAAUUGUCGUUGAAAUAUGUACUGUAUAUAUAUUGCAACUAUAUACUUAUAUAUGAAUCGAUUAAUUAGUAUCGCAAAGAGCAGCUCUAAAAUUUGAUAAAUCGAAUCGCGAGAGAAACGGUGUGUGAGUGUGUGUGAGAGAGAGAGAGAGAGAGUGAGGAGAGGAUGAUUGAAACUUCUCAACAAACGAAAUGAAGAAAAAAAAGAAGACAAAGGGACAUUGUACGAGAUCAGACUCAAUCUACGCGCCGUUAAUCAUUACUCAUUUGCGUCACAAAAUGCCAUAUCACGAAUCAAAGGGAAAAUUUCUAACGUGUAUAGAAAUUAAGUAUAUCGAUCGAACGAAAACGAACGGAGAACGAUUGGUUAUGAUAUUUGAUCGCUAUAUCACGAGGAACUCUAUGAAACAAUCAUAUGUAUACUUUAAUUGUUAUCUAUUGACUAUUAUCACAAUUAGCAUAUCUCGUUAUUACUGUAUAUUGUUAUUGUCGCUAUUAUUACUAUUACGAUUAUGAUUAUUAUUAUUAUAAGUAUCGCUAUUAUUAUUUCUUAUCAUUAAUUAUUAUUAUUAUUAUUAUUAUUAUUAUUAUCAUCAUGGUCAUCAUUCUAUCGACGGCUACAUAAACGUGAAACGAGCCAAGGGCGUGAAAGGAAUUUUAGUACCUUAUGAAACAUGCGCAAAACAAAACGAAGCAACUCAAGGGCCCACUGUCAUUGUUGAUUUGCGAGGAAACAGUGAUUCAAUAAACUUGUAUCAUAACUGGC